AUGUCAAUAUAUACAUGUCUAUGGUAUUGUCUAGCAGCAUUUGUCGUUCUUCAACCUGAUGCUAGAUAUACAGAAACGAUUUACGAAAUAGAACUUUCUGGACCUCCAGGACCGCCAGGACCGCCAGGACCCCCAGGGCGUGGUAUGCCUGGUCCCAAAGGGAAAAGAGGAUACACUGGACAAACUGGAACUCCAGGUUAUAGAGGCAAAAUGGGACCUUCUGGACCAACUGGACCAGCGGGACCAUCUGGACCAGCUGGACCAUAUGGACCAACUGGACCAAAAGGAACGAAUGGAACAACAGGACCGACUGGACAAACUGGAGAUUAUGGUCCAAAAGGAGUGACUGGGAAAACAGGACCAAUUGGGCCUUCUGGUCCUAGUGGACCUACAGGAUAUAAAGGAAUACAGGGAAUUCAAGGUGAGACUGGACCAACUGGGCCACUCGGACCAUCAGGUCCUACUGGAUCAUCAGGACGGGUUGGAGAUACGGGAGCGUCUGGACCAACGGGGAAAACGGGACCAUUUGGACCGAGUGGUAUCACAGGACCAACGGGACCACGUGGACCUACUGGUCUCUCAGGACCCCCGGGAUCAAAUGGAAAUCAUAAUCUAGAGUGUACCUCCAAUGGAUUUCAGUUUGACGAAGGAACGUCCACUUGUAUAAAGUUAGUGUCAACAAAUGGAACUACAUGGGAGGAUGCAAGAAAAUAUUGCCAACAAUAUGAAGAUGGUGACUUAGUUAGCAUAGUAUCAAAGGAAAAAUGGGAAUUCAUCAUGGGAAACUUUAGUGACAAUGGAGCUCUAUGGAUAGGGCUAAAGGAUAAGACAUGGCUGACCGGGGAAAGUUUCAUCAACAUUUACGAGGUCAAUAUACAACUUAAUGAUUUCGAUUCUGGUUUUCCUUCGGAACCAAACAACUCAUGCGGCAUACCAAACCCAUUAAGCUCUACACAACUCCAAGAUGAAAACUGUAGUAUUAGGAAAAGACCCAACUUUCUUUGUGAAAUCGUUAUGGCACAAUAG